AUGGAUACGUCUAAUGGCAACACUCCCUUGCCGGAGGAUAUGAACAAGGCCCCAGAGGGCUUGGUGCUUCCCCCCAAGGAUAUUCGAGCGAUCGUCGAGAAGACCGCAGGCUACGUUGCUCGCAAUGGACAUAUCUUUGAAGAUCGUGUCCGCGACAAGGAAAAGAACAACGCCAAAUUCUCCUUCUUGAAUCCCGGCGAUGCCUACGCGCCCUUUUACCAGUGGCGUCUCACUGAGAUCAAGGACGGCCGCGGCACUGCCGUUUCCGCAGGACGAGCUGGCGAAGCAACACCCGCCACUGAACCUGAAAAGCCGAAGGGGCCCCCAGAACCCGCCGCGUUCCAUUUCUCCGCGCGCAUGCCCAACAUCAAUGCGCAAGAUUUCGAGGUGGUCAAACUCACAGCAUUGUUUGUCGCCAAACGAGGAAAGUCAUUUAUGACCGCACUGUCGCAGCGUGAGGCCAGAAAUUUCCAGUUCGAGUUCCUUCGUCCCCAACACAGUCUCUACCAAUUCUUCACCCGAUUGGUCGACCAGUAUACCAUCUUGUUCCGACCCGAAGGCAUCGACGCCGCCACCUCCGAGAAAAAGAGAAUUGCCGAGCUCGAGCAAAAUGUGCAGAACAAGUAUCAUAUCUUGGAGCGCGCUACACAACGCGCCGAGUGGGUGAAAUUCCAAGAACAGCAGAAGCAGAAGAAGGAGGAACUAGAGGAACAAGAGCGCAUCGAGUACGCCCAGAUCGACUGGCACGACUUUGUGGUCGUCGAGACCGUCAUGUUCACCGAGGUCGACGACCAGUCCGACCUACCACCGCCGACCUCUCUCGCCGACCUCCAGUCUGCAUCCCUCGAGCAAAAAGCCGCCAUGUCCCUUAACCCACUCCGUAUCGAAGAGGCCAUGCCCACCGACCUCGACAAUCCCACCUACUACAAUGCCUACCCCGCCCAACCCGAAGCCAUCCCAAUGCCCUCCUCCGUCUCGCCCUACCCAGCCCAACCACAAGGCCCCUACGCGCCCUCCAGCGGCAUGGACUACAAUAUGCAAUAUCCACCGCAGCCCGAGGCAGCACAGGCCCGCGUCGAAUCCCCCAUCCCCGCCGCACCAGGCCAACCACCAAUCCGCAUUCGCUCAGACUACGUUCCCCGUGCCCAAGCCCGCCGCAACCAAGCCGCCGGCUCAACGGCACUCUGCCCGAACUGCCACCAACAGAUCCCCGUCGCCGAGCUGGACCAGCACAUGCGCAUCGAGCUCCUGGAUCCACGCUGGAAAGAGCAGCGCGCCAAAGCCGACUCCCGCAGCGCCACAACCAACCUUUCCACAGUGGACGUGGUCAACAAUCUCAAGCGUCUGGCCAGCCAGCGCAGCGAUGUCUUCGACUCGUCACUGGCCCCCCUCGAUCCCGAGGAAGACCGCCGCAAGCGCAUGGCUACCGACAGCCCCGUGCAGCCUGGGCCAGCUGUUGGACCUGGGGGUGUCGCCAAUCCUCAGAACAUGAAUAUCGAGGAUCAGAUCCGACACAUCCAUCAGCGCGCGAAGCAAUGA